AUGUCAACACCAAAUAUACAUGGCCAUGAAGAGUUAGAUAUUCCUCCUGAUCUUCAAUUAGAACUUUCUCUGAGUGAAAAUAAUUCAGACUGUUCUUUAAAGAAAAUGAUAAAUACUACGACUACUAAUGAUAAUAUCCAUUGUAUAAAUACUGAUAAUAACACUAAUACUACACAUUCAAAUAAUAAUAAAAGCGCAACAAUAAUACCAAGAAUUUCUUCGCUUCAUAGUAAUAAAAAUUUAGAGAAAAACUCCAUCGCAUCAUCUUCUGCUGAAUCAUUAAAUAUUCUACUAGAACGGCAAAGAGUAAGACAAUUGAAUCAUCCACAACAUCAAAGCCAUAUCAAAGCACCUGCAUCCUCCUUAAUAUAUAAUAAUAAUAAUAAUGGUAAUAAUAACACUUCGAAUAAUGAUCGUGGAUUCUCAUCCUUUAAUAGUAAAUUCGCUACAUUAGAUAAUGAUUUAGCGACCGUUCGCCCUCAAGUCAAAGAAACAAACCGAAUAUCAUUAACAUAUGACCCUAUUUCAAAAAGGAAAGUAUUAAACACAUAUGAAAUUAUAAGAGAAUUAGGUCAUGGACAACAUGGGAAAGUGAAAUUAGCAAGAGAUUUAAUUACAAAUAAUCUCGUCGCAAUAAAGAUUGUAGAUAGACAUGAAAAAUUAAGUUUCUCUAAGAGAUUUAAGUCAUCAUUCUCAUCAUCUUCAUCACCAUCUUCUCAUAAAAAAAAUAAAAAGGAUGAAAAAAUUAAGAGAGAAAUUGCAAUCAUGAAAAAAUUACAUCAUAAACAUGUAGUGAAAUUGAUUGAAGUAUUAGAUGAUUCAAAUUCAAGGAAAAUUUAUUUGGUAUUGGAAUAUUGUUCUAAUGGAGAAAUUAAAGGUUGUCCUAAAGACGUAUUGGAAACAGAAGCUAGAGGACCCCCUUUACUAAGUUUCCAAUCAACAAGAGAAAUUAUACGGGGUGUUAUACUAGGAUUGGAAUAUUUACAUUAUCAAGGGAUUAUACAUAGAGACAUUAAACCAGCGAAUUUAUUGGUUGAUCAAAAUGGCACAGUUAAAAUAUCUGAUUUCGGUGUCUCUUUAGCAUUAAGAACAACAUCAACAUCUACUCAUUCAAGUGGUUCAUCAAAUGGUUCCACACUGCCGACUUCGACAAAUAGUUCAUUUGUAUCUAAUAAUAACAACAACACCAUGAAUACUAAUAACAAUAGUAGUAUACCGAACAGUGAAGAUGAAUCUAUAGACGAAGUUGAACUAGCCAAGACAGCUGGGACACCUGCCUUUUUCGCUCCAGAAAUUUGUUUGGGAGAAGAUGCUUUCACCAAAUUCAAUUUCCAAAAAAAUGAUUUAUUCAAAGGUUCAUCCAUAUCAUUUAUGAUUGAUAUUUGGGCUUUAGGGAUCACAAUGUAUUGUUUAUUAUUUGGUAUGUUACCAUUCAUUUCUGAAUAUGAAUUGGAUUUAUUUGAAAAAAUUAUUAAUGAUCCAUUAAAAUUCCCAUCAUUUGAAGAACUUUCUUCAAAUAAUGUUUCAUUCAUAUCAUGCGGACAAGAAUAUGAAUUAGCUAAAGAUGUAUUAAAUAGAUUACUAGAGAAAAAUCCAUCUAAGAGAAUAACAAUACCAGAAUUGAAAAAACAUCCAUUUAUAUGUUGGGAUUUUGAUCACGCCUCUGAAUCUCAUGAUCAAUCUUUUAUUACUUCUAAAAUUCAAGAAAAGGAUAUGUUUCAAUCUGAUCAAAAAAACUUAUUUGAAAAAAUCUCAAUUUCAAAACAUGAACUUAAAAAUGCUGUAUCUGGUGUAGGUAAGAAAAUCAAAGAAUCAAUUUUGAAAAGUAUACCAUUAAAAAAGAGAGAUGGCACGUCAACAACUUCUGUUACCACGGAACCAAGUUCUAAUGAUUUAGAAGGAUAUGCCACUAAUAAUAACAGUGAUCUUAGCGUUAUAGUCAGCGAAGGUUCUGUAGUGACUGAUAUUAACGAAAUGACUAAAAGUAAGAAAUUGAAAUCACCACCACAAGCUCCACCACUUCUAGGAUCAUCUAAUGAUGAUAAAACUUGUUCUACCAAUAAUGAUACAGAAUUCACAAAUGAAUUUUCAACCGAUUAUACUGACCAUAACAUUAAUGCUAGUAGUAAUAACUCAUCACAUACACUACCAUACAAGCAAGAUAUCGCAAACACUUUACAAGAUUAUGAUACCAAACAUGAAUCAAAUAACGUAGUAAAUCUCCCGAUCAACUCAUCGUUUGCUUCCUUAGACAGUUUCUAUAUAGAUAAUUAUGCAAUGUCCAAAAUUGGUAUGAAUUCAGAUUUUUCACCAGCAGGUACGCCUAGGAUCGAAGAUAAUAAUGGCCCACAUAGUAAUUAUGCCCUAGCAUCAAAACAUUCUACUGUAUCAAUCAAUACCUCAUCAUCAAACCUUGAUUUUUACAACUUAGGAAUACCGUCAAGAAGAACAGAGGUAUUGUCUCAAAGACCAAGUUCAAGAAAUUCCCCCAAUUUAUCAAGAUCUCAAUUUUCAUUUUCUAAAAGAGUAUCUCCAUCUGUUUUGGAUUCAAGAAAUUCUGCAAGAUCUAAUUCAAGAACUAGGUCUAGGUCAAAGUCAGGUUCUAAACCAUCCUUAUCCCCUGGAAGUCAUAUGCGUCUUAGUCAAACUUUUACACCUUUUUCAGUAUCAAAUAAAGAAAAUUCGAAAUCUAAAUCUAAAUCUAAAUCUAAAUCGACAUCCAAUUCAAAACUCACACAGAAAUCUAAUCCAUCUUCUCUGAAAUCAUCUCCAACUCCACCAAAGUUUCAAGAAUCUCCAAAAAGAUUAUAUAGCCUAUCGCCUCCAAUAUUAUAUUCACAAUAUAAUUCAAAUGAUCAAGUCCCUAAUAAAUUAUCGGUGAAAAAGGGUAAUUUUAAUUUCCAUGACGGACAUGAGAUGAAGUCAGGUUGUAGUGAACGAUCAAAUUCAAUUUCUAACUCUGAUAAUUCAUAUGCUGGAUCAUCAUCUACAUCAUCAUAUUCAAUAGAUGGUUCUAUAAGUGAAACUGAUUCAUUACCGUUUGAGUUUGGAUAUGACUCCGAGAAUGGGAGUGUCUUAUCAUUACAUGAUCUACCUAAUAUCAACGAAGUACAUACAUAUUUAAAAACACAUCGUGCUUCUUCUCUAACUUCAUCGUCAUCGUCAUCUGGAUCAUCUGAAUCGAAUGAUAACGUUAACGAUUCAGGAACCAGUGAGGAGGAAGAGUUAUAUUUGAAUUUAGGAAAUAAUAGUACAUCAAGAAGAGGACAAAGACCAUCUGAAUCUCCUGUCGCCACUGCGACAGCUCUAAAUCACAAUUCAGCAAAUAAUAAUAACUAUCGAUAUGGCAAUACUUCAACUUACCUUCAUGAAGGUGGAGGCCACAGUGAAACUACUAUUUCAUUUUCAAGAGAUACAGAUAGAGAAACGCUACGAGAUAAUACAUCACUGAAAUUGGAUAACUCCAGUAAUUCAUUAGUUGAUGGGAGAAAUUUACGAUUAUAUCAAAAUUCACCGAAGGCAACUCUAUCAUUACAAACAGGUAGAGAUCACUUCGAUAAUAGUAAUGCAACGGAUAACAUGACCGGAAACGAUAAUCAACGAAUGGCCCAAUCAAGAAAUUUAUUAAAAGCUGUUCUUGAUUCGACGAAGAAUGAAAGGCGAAGAAGUUCAGUUGCUUGCAUUACGCAAGAUUGUGAAGGAGAAAGAGAAAAUCAUGAAGCAUAUGAGCCAAAACAACCUCUAAGGAUUGGAAGAUCACCAUUCAUUAAACAGUUAAAUCUUGAAGAUGAUAAAGUUAGAUCUCACUCCGUACCACUGCAUAAAAAAUGA